AUGCCCACCACAUCGCGCCAGGAAUACACCACCCUCGUCCUUGACUUGGGCGGUGUCCUUGUCAAUUACUCAACCAAAAACACUGUUAAGGUCUCUGCUAGUCUAAUAAAGUCAGCACUCGAUUCUCCUGAUUGGUAUGACUACGAGAAAGGCCUUACUUCAGAAGACGACUGUUAUACCAAGAUCUGCAAAGAAUUUGGCAUUGAUCUCGAAACCUGGAUCGAGGCGCUUGAGCAGAUGAGAGAGGGUGCAGAGAUAAACAGGCUGUUUAUAUCUUCAAUCAGAGCUCUCAAGCAGACGUACCCCAGAAUAAAGGUCUUUGUUCUAUCGAACAUUCCAGCACCUGAACUAGACGCACUAAGGAGUGAGAUCGAAAGCUGGGGUAUUCUCGACGGCUUCAUUGCAUCAUCAGAUAUUCAAGAAAGAAAGCCAGACAUGGCGAUCUACAGCAAAUGCUUGGAACGAAUCGGAGUAUCAGCAUCAUCCUGUAUCUUUGUCGACGACAAGAUUGACAGGGUCGUUGCUGCUCAGAGUCUAGGAUUCAAGGGCAUUCCGUUGGACAACACUGAUGAAUUCAUCAGACGACUCCACAACCUGUUCGGGGAUCCUGUCAUGCGGGCAAAAGGGUUUCUACAACGUAAUGCCAAAAAUUUGUUCUGCACGCUGAGUAUGGGACAGGUCCAACCGGAUAAUUAUUCGCAGCUGAUCAUUCACCAGAAUACGGGGGACAGGAACUUGGUUGUAUUGGAAAGCGAGGGGCCUACUUGGAACUAUUUCCACAGCGAGUCGCCAACGUUAUCGAUGUCGAAUGCAGCCUAUCCGAAUGACUCUGAUACUACUUCGCUCGCUAUGGCUGUCUUGGAAGAUAUGCCUAUGAGUUUGAAGUUGCAGGCCAGGGACGAGAUACUUUCUCAUUUGAGCCCGGAUGGUUUACCUUUCUGCUGGCUCAGCAAAACUCGUCCGCGGUUUUGCCAUGUAAUAUGCGCCAACGUCUUCCGCUUCUUCGUUAUCAACGACUGGUUCACAAAGCUCCCCGGAGUCUACGAGUUCCUCUGUCGCAUGCUUGAAACUCGGGCUUACCUUCAUGGCAGCCGUUAUUAUAAGAACCCAGAUUGGUUUCUGUACAAUCUCGCAGAUCUCUGUGACAGGCGUCCGCAGGACUUACAGCUUCAACGUAUGAGACAUUUGCUUGUUGAAUGCGUUCGUGAAAGAAUGGGCUGCAAUGAUGAGACUCUAGGGGCAGCUUUAAGAGCGCUGAGUGCGCAGUCUCUAGGGUUUCAGAGUGAGAGAGACCUGGAAAUCUUGCUUGAUCAGCAACAACUUGAUGGCGGGUGGGAGUUGGCCUGGCUUUGGGGAUACGGUACAAAGGAUGUCAAAAUUGGAAGUAGAGGCGUUGUCACAGCCAUGGCUAUGAAUGCGAUUCAGCGCGCGUCGAUCUAG